GGGGCGCGCUGGUACGUGACUCGGGGAGAACAGUCCCUGGAGCCGCGCCCAGCACCGUGUGUGCGCGGUUUGUUUACGUCCCCCGCUGGCGUGCGUGCGCGCGUGUUCCCUGGGGAGCGCCCUGGGUUCCUCGGGCUGCGUGCGCGUCGUGUACCGCGGGGUUUGGGUUUGCGUGUGGCCGCACGCGCUCCCUGGAGACUGACGCUAGCCCGGGAUGCCUUGAAGUGGAGGCCGCACCGGUGUCCACUGGAGCAAAUGCGGAAUAAGAGCCCGAGUGAAGGAAGUGGCUCAGUCCGUGGUCACGCCAGGCCUCCAGCCCAGAGGGCACCUACUGCGAAAAUGUCCGUGGAUCCCUUGUCCAGCAAAGCCCUGAAGGUCAAGCGUGAGCUGAGCGAGAACACGCCGCACCUGUCGGACGAGGCGCUGAUGGGGCUGUCGGUGCGCGAGCUGAACCGCAACCUGCGCGGGCUGUCGGCCGAGGAGGUGACGCGGCUGAAGCAGCGGCGCCGCACCCUCAAGAACCGCGGCUACGCGGCCAGCUGCCGCGUGAAGCGCGUGUGCCAGAAGGAGGAGCUGCAGAAGCAGAAGUCCGAGCUGGAGCGCGAGGUGGACAAGCUGGCGCGCGAGAACGCCGCCAUGCGCCUGGAGCUCGACGCGCUGCGCGGCAAGUGCGAGGCGCUGCAGGGCUUCGCGCGCUCCGUGGCCGCGGCGCGCGGCCCCGCCGCGCUGGUGGCGCCCGCCAGCGUCAUCACCAUCGUCAAGUCGACGCCAGGCCCCGCCCCCGCUCCCGACCCCGCCCCCUGCUCCUAGUACCCGCCCCCUCCCCCGAAAAACUCCCCCUCGGACCCGACUCCCUUCCCAGAAUGCCUGAGUGCCUUCCUCUCCCGGUCCGUUUCUCUGCCACCGGUCUGUUUCUCUGCCACCGCCACCCACUGUGGUGAUUUCACAUUCCUUUCCUGGGCUCUUUCUAGCUCUUGCAGCCCCCCUCCCAAGACUGGGAUCUGAUGGCCCUGGGGAGGGGCAACUUUGCUAAGUUGGGGGGGGGGGCGAUUUGGGGUUCUGGGUUUCCCUGGGCUGAAAGUCUGUCCUCAGAUUGGAAGGGAGGGGAUGUGGAAAUGGCCCGGAGAAGGGCUGGUGGGAGAAGCUUUGGAAUGUACCAGUAUGCCCUUCCUCGACCCUCUCAGGACUAGGUGUGGCCUUGUGGGGUUGCCCUGCUGAGAGGCAGAACUCCAGAGGCCUCCCAACUCUGCUUUGGACCUGGGAAUGUCGGGCUUUCCCAAGCUAAGUAAGCUCAGUUGACAGAUGGCGAAGCAGUCGGGCCUUGUCAAUCCAAGGCCACUCAGCGCUGAGUAGUUGAGCUGCAAGCCCAAAUGGGGCCUCUCCCAGCUGCCCUAAGGAACAUUCCAAGCAUGGAUUUCACGGGGGAGGGGGACCAGUGCACAGGGACUUAACAGAGUGGCAGGAGAGCCUCGCUGGUCCGGGAGACAGUGUCUAUGGGAUGGGGAAAGAGAAGCUGAAGGAGAGAGGAGGUGACACCACAGAUGAGGUGAGGAGCUGGCCAGCCAGAGAAGGGGCAGUGGAGGUGACCACUGUGGUAGGUAGAGGCAGACACUACAGUCCUGAAGUGGGGAUUGGAGGAGGUGGGGGGGGGGAAUCCCUUGGAAUUAAGGCUUCCGCUUUGGUCUGGAGUCUCCGUGGUCCGCGGUGGAGUCGGGGCUCACCAUUGUACCCCUGGAAGUCCAGCCCUAGCCGCUCCCCAACACUGUAUACAGCUGACCCCUCCACACUAUUUAUUGCACGAAUCUAAGUUAUUCUGGCCAGCCAGAGCCCAGCGCCUCUUCCCUGGGAAACAUGGGCCCUGAGCUGGACUUUUAUUUUGUAUCUACAAAUAAAUCACAUUUAAUCUUAUAUUUAGGGAAAGCUGGAUGGCAGCAAUAAUAAGGUUUUUUAAAUUGCCCGGCUCCCAGAGUUUAUUUAUUUUGAUGUAAAGUGUGCCAGUUAUCUGCCUUGAGUAUUUUGUAGACUUUCUGAAUAAAGUCGAGUUCUCUUUUUCCACAGAGAACUGCAUA